ACUCUUGGCGGGGCUUGUGGAAGUCUCUUCUAGCAAGCUGUAUUACAUCAAUGUCUGCAUCUUCUUUAACCACACAUGGAAUUUGCAAUACAAUCCAUUACAGCCUCAAAGCUUCAUCCACCUAGCAACAUGAACUGACUUGAUGGAAUUCAGAUAUUGUGUUGAUGUCAUGUUGUCAAGAGUUACUGAUUUACUGUGGGUGAGGCUCUUCACCCUUGCUCUAACCUACAUUUGUAAAAGUUUCCCCUUGCAAGCUGUAUCAAAAGUUGAAGCUCAAACAGAUAGAAACAUUUUAUUUAUUCAAGCAGUUUAGAAAAGCCGUCUCUAGAACGAGACUAAUAAAAACAUUCAAAGUUUAUUCAUUCUCUUUCUCUACCAGUUCAAUGUAUAAAUACUAUUAAAAUGGAUAAAUGCAUUUAGAGAGAGAAGGCAAUGAUGACACUAAUUUGGCAGGGCGCUCAACAUAUGCGUCAGGUUCACAAUCUCUAUAGAGCCUUCACAAAAAGGCCAAUCAGGAAUACCUCACAGAGAUAGUUACACACACCAAGAAGUAAAGAAAGUAGUGUGAAUCACAGCAAAAUUGUCAUUGUCAGUUCACCAUUUAGUCUGAAACAGUCGUUUCGCAGCUGGUUUUAUAGCCUAUAUUGUUACUUAAAACACUUUGAGAUUGAGUCCUGUAGGGGAAACACACAGUAACGGAAUAAAAGAUAUGGGAAGAAAACCUUUUGUAAAGGUGUAACGAUACUGACACUACAAUGGCAAGUUGGGGGCCGAAGUCUGCAGUCUCUUGACUGCUCUUGCUCAUUCUGUGAUUGUAUUACUUGCCUUUGUACACCUUUAUCUAUAACUAUGUCACUUCCCCCACACCCUGUCUCUCUAGAAAGUUCUGGACGAAGCAGAGGACUAUACAGGACGUUCCGUCUGCUGUGUGCCAAUAAACUGGCACCCAGCUGCUUUACCUACUGCUGUUGCCACCUCUGCCUACAACAAGCUGCUGCAAAUAUUUGACAACAACAACAGUGCUUCUGCCUCUAUUGCUAUGAAUGUUCUAUGGCCACGUGUGCUGGCUAUGUUGUUGGCCUGCGUGGCCUUUAGUGUGGCACUUCAUGGCGCACCGGUGAGGGACCAGUCGGUGGAAGAGUGGUGCCUUUUCAGCUGGGGAUUUAGCUUCUUUGGCACACUGCUGGUGCUACUGGUGGAGCUAUGUGAGCUGCAGUCAAGCGUACCUGUCUCUUGGAAGAACUUCCCCAUCACCUUUGCCUGCUUUGCUUUCCUCCUCUGCCUCUCCGCAUCCGUCGACUUUGCCCUGUACUUUGUGAAAGGCUUCUUCAUGCAUGGUGUGUCCUACAACUGCCGUGUGGUCUCACUGGUCUUCUCCUGCUUUGCCACCAUCGCCUAUGCAAUGGAGGUAAUCAUCAGCAAGGUAAUGGCAAACACGGACAGGGAGGCUGGUUACAUGACCACAGUGCCUGGUCUGCUGAAGGUGCUUGAAACGUUUGUGGCCGGCAUCAUCUUUGUGUUCAUCAGCGACCCCAACGCCUAUGAGAGUCACACGGCCAUCAAAUGGUGCAUGGCUGUCUAUUGCAUCUGCUUCAUCCUGUCCAGCAUGGUCAUCAUCCUGUCUAUUGGGAAUUGCUCUGACUACCUGACCUCCACCCCCACCUGCUGCUUGUCCUUCUACGCCUUGUUGGCCGUCAUUAUGUAUCUGACAGCCACCAUCAUCUGGCCCAUCUAUAAGUUUGACAAGCUGCAUGGGGGAAGCCCCUCUAGGCCCAGUCAGUGCAGCAGCAGCAACCCAGACCUUUGCCCAUUUGACAAGAUGAUAGUUGUGGCUGUGCUAACCGCCGUGAACUUUAUACUAUACCUGGCUGAUCUGAUAUACUCUGUCAUACAGUUUAAGGAAGAUGACCAAAACUCAUAUAGCCAAUUAUGACACUUAUCAGUGUCAAGCAGUUUGUAGAGGUGACCAAUACCUAUAUGUUCCAUUUUGGCAUUUAUCAGUCUACCACACACACACUCAAAACGUUAUAUCCAUAUCAUAUCACUACAUUCGCACAGCAUUUUGAGAAAAGGCUGAAGUAGUAGUGUGUUACCAAUAUGUGAUGAAGAACUGAAGAUUUGACUGACUAAUGACAGCAAGCACAGUACUAGCAAGCCAUCUUGCUUGUGCAUGAAGUUACUUCUACUGGAUAUAA